AUGUCACAGCAAAACUCGCGCAGCGUUUCAUGCGGGGCCGACAAGCUAGUCUGCACCACCCUCGAGGAGCUGCUGCAAAGAAAUCCUCAAAAAAGAAUGAGCGACCUGCCUACUGGUACUCGAGUUCUUGUUAACGCCCAAUAUUGGGUUACGGUUGGCAAAGACGGUCCUCAGGGGGAAAGCGGAGUCUGGACACAACGAAUGGAGAAAAACUCACCUGACGGCAAGGAUUCUGAGAGGAUCACUGAAAUCAAACGGUUACAGGAAGAGAGGGCAGCAUUAGAAGCUUGCCUCCUUAUAGUGCGGAAGGCAGAUUCUGAAGCUAAAAAUAUGCUGGUAAAUCUCCCUUUUAUUUCCAAUAACAUUUUCAGUUAUGUUGCUGUGUCUAAGUUCAAUUUAUUCCAGUCCGAGGGCAGCCGAGUAACCGACGAUGAAUGGGAGAUGGCAUAA